AUGCCUGCCCUUCACAUGGAGGAUCUGCAGGAAAAUAAAAAGCUGAAGAUGGAGGUUGAGCAACUUCGCAAAGAAGUGAAGUUGCAAAGACAACAGGUGUCUAAAUGUUCUGAAGAAAUAAAGAUCUAUAUUAUAGAACGUUCUGGAGAGAAUCCUCUAGUGAAAGGGAUCCCAGAAGACAAGAAUCCCUUCAAAGAAAAGGGCAGCUGUGUCAUUUCCUAA